AUGGCAGCACAAAUGACUCCACAUGUAGUUUCAUCUGAGCCUUUGGAAAUCGGAGAUGCAAGAUGGAUGACAUUGGUCAAGAUAAAAUACAAAGAUGUCGAUGGCAAGGACCGUGUCUGGGAAGGAGUACAGAGAAAGACACGCCCGGCAGGCAGCUCUGUCGACGCGGUCCAUAUAGUCGCUGUGUUAAAGAAAGAUGCUGGCCCAGAGCUUCUUCUUCAACGACAGUUUCGUCCAGCUGUAGGGAAGAUCUGCAUCGAGCUUCCCGCUGGCCUACUCGAUGAAAACGAAACCGUGGAGCAGUGUGCGAUCCGCGAGCUCGCAGAAGAGACAGGCUACGUCGGCACUAUCAAGCCGGAUUCUCAUAGAAGCCGUCCAAAGCUUUUCGGCGCUCCUGGCUUUUCCAAUUCUUGUUCCGUCAUGGUCCACGUUGAUAUAGACAUGCAGGCGGAUGGGAACCGGAACCCAAAGCCACGUUUAGAAGAGGGAGAGUUCAUUGAGUGUUUUUCACUACCUUUGAACCAACUUUAUGCUGAAUGCAGAAGGCUAGAGUCUGAAGGGUCUGCCAUCGACGGGAAGCUGGGCUCCUUGAUAGAAGGGUUUGAAAUGUCUCGGCUGUGGCGGUCAUAA